CGGAUGCAAUUUUUUCGACGUCUUGGAAAGGCUAGUUUGGUUGGAUUGGAGUUAAGUGUGAAUCAGUGGAAAAAAGGAAGAGCAAUAACGCUUGACCGGUUGAACCGCAAUUGCUGGUGAUGGUGAUGGUGAUGGUGGUGGUGAAGUGAAUGUAAGGUUGGAGGUUUUUUUUCCGGAGCUGAGUGCGGAAAAGUUGUGCGGUUGUGGAAAUUGAAGCCAGGCGACAAUUUGUGCCUCGCACAGCUGUUACGGGAGAGGAAGUUUUUUUUUUCCUCGAAACGCCAGUCGUAAGGAAAUUGAUUUGUUCACUCUUCUUGCUAAGGACGAAACCGGUGCGGAAGAGCCUGCGGUGUUGUGAAGCGACGGAAAGUGUGCAGUUGUAAUCGUGGUAAUUUUUCAACCGAAUUCGGUACCACGACGGUGUGAGAAGAUAAAUACGCCAAAAGUAGUGUUGUAGAGGUGGGUGUGAUUGAGCGAAGGGAGAGAUGUGAUUGGAGAAGACGUGGUUUGUUGACGAAGAGCAAGGAAAGCAACAACUGGCAUAACUAGAGUGUACGAUACGAGACCGGGGGCGACCGACUCGAGUGGGGAAAGUUUUGUGCGGCAAACGGACCAGCUGUUUGGAGUAAAGAGUGAAGGUACGAAGCAGAGUUCCGGAAAGGAAGCUGAGUUGCUGCUGUUCGGAGUGCCGGGGAUAAAAUUGAAGCGGAGGCGAGGAACACCGCGGCAGAAAUUGAAAAACGUUGAACAAAAUUCUACUUCUACUGAACCAGCUUUCAAAACCCAGUGACUACCCUCGGGAAAAUUUUCAGCGACCCCACUAAUCCCAUCAUAGUUGACCGAGCUUCGACAUUACACAAAGGCACUUUGCCCGAAGGAUCACAAACUCACAUGUGAAAAAAAAAACCGAGUGCUCCUAGUUAACGAUGGUAAAGUUUUCCACCACCCAAACGUGUUAUUCCAGCUAAGAGCAGCUGCUCCCUCCGAGGAACGUGACACUGCAGCUCGCCGCACUAUUACCCACACAUCCAUCUAACGAUACCGCUCUAAUAGGUGUGUAAUUAAUGUCAUAAAGCUUCCUAGUUCAGUGUGUACUGCCGCUCUCAAUCCAUCAAAGUAGGCUAAUUAGAUUGCACUUGGCAACAUACAUCCAGUAUUUUUUUUUAUGUGUUGCCUACUGAGAUAUCGCGCGCGUGGAAAGGAUUGAAGCUCGCACAUACCUCGAACGUGUCACCGGGGAAAAAGUGAAACAGCAAAAAAAUCGUGCUUGUUAGUGGUUCCAACAAUCAUCGCGAAAAAGUUGGGUUGAAAUUUGCUCACCAUCAGGGCCAUAGAAAUUUCCAUCGGCCACAGACAGGUGCGAUAAUGGAAAUACCAACCGUGAUGGAUGGAAUGCUGAAAAACAGUAUGGUCCUGCACGACGAUCGGUCCUCGCGGAACAGUAACAGCAGCUCAGGUUCUCCAUCGGUGAUACACGAAAAGAAGAAAAUGCUCGACAUCACCCGGGACAAGCCGAUCAAAAUUGCCGUCCGGGUGCAGGUGCCGGUCCGGGAUCAUCCCAAGUUCAACUUUGUCGGCAAGCUACUGGGCCCGAAGGGAAACUCCCUGAAGCGGCUGCAGGAGGAAACGAUGUGCAAAAUGGCAGUCCUUGGCAAGGGUUCAAUGCGGGAUCGUAAGAAGGAAGAGGAACUGCGACUCAGUGGCGACCCACGGUACUCACAUCUAUCCGAGGAUCUGCACGUGGAAAUCUCUACCUACACAGCACCGGCCGAGGCCCACGCCCGUAUCGCCUACGCCUUGGCCGAGGUUCGACGCUUUCUGGUGCCGGACUACCACGACGACAUCCGGCAGGAGCAAAUGUGGGAGAUGCAGGCACUCAACUCGGCGCAGAGUGUACCGAAUGGAACGAAUGGCAACUGCAACGGCACCACCAUCAACGGCCACAACGUGAACAGCAGCAGCAAUAACGGCACAUCCAACGGCAACGUGACACUGAACGGAAACGGUCUCAACGGUAAUCCGGAGAUGAUGCACCAUCAGAGCUGCGGCGUUGAUUCGAUCACAUCCAACGGUACCGCAAAUGGCAGCACCAGCAACGGCUGUGGGGGUGUCCUCUCCGCUGGAACGACGCUCGGAUCGGAUGGCACUAGUAAUCACCCGUCGCAACAUACCAACAGCACUAAUGCUCAACAGCACCAGCAUCACCAGCACCACCACCAUCAGCAUCAGCAUCAGCAGUUCCUGUCGAGCAGUGCAGCGGUUGCGGCAGCGGCAGCCGAUGCAGCAGUAGCAGCAGCGGCCACUGCCUCCGAUAUGAGCAAUCUGAUGCCGGUCGACGUGAACAUGACGUCGGCUAAUCACUUUGUGAACUCCCUGCCAACGACCGAUAUCGAAGCACAGACGCUGGCGUUCGUUGAAUCGGCAAAUGCAUUUCUACAUCCGGCGCUGCGAGGAGUGAAAACUGUGAGUUUAGCUCGAAAGCGACCCCUGCUGGGUGGUCCUCGUUCCAGUAUGAACCCGACGAAGCGAACCGUAAUGACCCUGAUUGCCCGCGCCCGAACCGCUCAAGCCAUGCACGGAUCCCGAACGACAGCCCCCAUCGGAGAACCCAUUCAGGUAAUCACUUCGCCGCUGAUUCUGCAACCCUCGCUGGACCUGCUGCAGAGUAACGGGACCGGAUCGAUGCAAAAGGAAAACAUCCUACAGGGGGCUUAAACUGAGGCUGAACGGCUACGAACGGUGGGUUCAGAGGGAUCAGAACGGUUGGAGGCUGAGAAAACAACGGAACGAAACAAAAGGAACACUGCUUUCAAUGUGUUACGUAGGUUAGACUAGAGGCGUAUUUUCUACAACUACAAACAAGCGGAGAUGAUUAUUCCAGAAUAAAAAACAAACAGACCACAACUAAGUAAUACUUAAAAGGAACAACAAAUACACCCAUUGAUUACACCAAAGUUAAAUAAACUCACGAAAAUAAAAACAUUAAAUUGAAGCACCAAAUUAAAUAAACAUAAAAGAAAAAAAAAAUAAUCGCAUAACUAAGUGACACACAUUCUUUCUAGCCAAAGACAAAAACUAAACUGAUCAGGUUUCAGAAUGAAAGAACAAAUUUUUACCCAAAGACCCGUACUGGGGCAUGACAACUUGCUGAUUAGCAACCACCCACAACGACGCGGAAUGGAGCCUUCUGCUCCACGAGGAACCUGAACUGCGACGAUUAGUUUUUGAAACCGUUGACAAGUGUUGAAGAAGCAGCUGACACAGAUUUUUGAAUGUUAGCUCGUGAAGCUGUUUGAUUUUAUUUUUCAGAACGUAUUUUAUUCCGUGAUUGAUCGAAGAAGAUGCAAGUAUUUUAUCUCUAAAAACAAAAAAAAAAGAAUAACUGGAAUUGUUGAACUAUAGCAACAGAAGAAUUUCCAUGGAUCGCUAUAAAUGUGGUAACGUUGAAUUGAGUAGUUGACUAGAAUUGAUACGAAACAUUUAGAUUUUAUAAAUAGACAAAAUGGGGCAAUAUUAUUCUAAUAUAUCUUUUAUACACAAUCAUACGGGAGAAGAAGAAAAAAAUGACCGAUAAAGCGUUAAACUCACACAGUUAAAAUAAAAAACAAAAUGCUUUUAAAACUAAAGUGUACAACAUUUUACAUAUGAACAAGCAAACUGAAUGUAAUCAACCAAAGAACUACUUAAAUAAACAGCACCCUUCAAGAAGAUCAUUUAAAAUUUAGAUUUGUUUUUCAUUUUCGUUCCAAUUUGAAGUAGCAAAACAAAACAACAACACAAAUGUAGCCUAAGCUAAAAUUGUAGGUGCAUGCAGUUUAAACCAAAGGAAAGUUUAUCGCUCAACUUAAAACUCUGAGGCAUGGAAACGAAAUUAACAUUUGACACUAAAAAAAAAACCACUUCAGCCCACGACUGACUGUAAAAGAAAGCUUAAAAAUCAAACCAUAACUUCUAGAUGUUAACGAAAGAAUGUUUUAUUUGCUCUUUAAAAAACAUGAUUGCUUAAAUAAAAACCCGUAAGAUCGACACCUGGCAGAAGGGUAAUAAGAUCUGUAAUCGUAAAAAACAGAAAUCAGAUAUAGAACACUGCUUGGGUGACUGCGGAAAUCGGAAGGUGAAGGGUGUUGAAAGAAAUUAAACCGAAUCGAAGGAAACAAGCACUCAAAUCCGGUGGGCAAGUCCUACCGGCAAUCGAGACUGAUUUGACUCUUUUCGUUUUUGUUUUUACGAACGGUGCUGAUGGCAAUCGCAGAUUGCCUUGAUUUUAUUCGAUUACCUAAAUUUGUCAUACCGAGAGUGAGGUGGAAAAGCAAGCUGCUCUGCGGGCACGGUGGGUUCAAGGUAAGUUUUUGCCGUCAAAAUCACGCAGAAACCAUCGAAUCAAAUGUAUGUCAAAUUCUUUCCGUAAAACUCACGUUCACAGGAUUUAACGACCGCCUCAGCUUCCCGGAAAAUCCCACCCCGUGCGGUUCAAAUCGAAUCACAACCCACACACGCACACCUGUUCCAUCGACUGAUGACGGGCGGGAGUAACUGAAUCAUUUUAUUACCUCUAUUACGCAUUGUCGUUACAUCAUAAAUGGGACGCGACGGAUCAACCUCCUGCCUAAAGGCCACCGUCCCCAGGCAAUCCGGAAUAGGAGCAAGCAACGGACGCGAACCGUUGCCUCCGGUGCUACCCUCCGAAUAACAAUAAAAUUAUGACUAUUUGCUUGUGAUGACGACAUGUGUGAGCUGCUAACCAGGUCCACCAGGCCUUUCGGUCGCUGAUGGGCGUGCUUUCGAGAAGGGUUGCCACGGGGUAGAAUGAUUACGUUCUCCGUGUGUUGUUCUUUAUGGGAAAAAAGGUCUCUCUGUAGCUACGCUCAGGGGAAUAAAAGUGGCAGGAUGAAUAGAAUAGG